AUGGCACCACCCUCACGCUCUCCAGCCUUACCACAUCCACAAUCACCAAUAAGCACACGAGAUUUAUACGCAAGUGCAACACCACAUUUACGAAGAACGGACGGAAUUUCAAGAUCUCCGUCGACUUCUGGAACUGUAAGAGGCGUGCCAUUAUCACCAUCUAACAGCGGCUUCGCCAGUCCAGCGAAUAUGGAAGGCUCUCAGCUUGGAGGGCAACUCACCCCUCCUCUUAAUCCAACGGAAGUCAUACAUACUUUGCAGGCGGCUGAUGGACAGAUUAUCACGCCAGAAAUCUUUGGAAAAAUUGACAAAGGAUUUUUCAUGGCAGAAAACGAUUGGACCUGCUACAGAAGAAAUUACUUUUCCCUGAGCUGCUCGUUUACACUUCAACCGAUCGUUCCAAAUGGAACUCCUCAUCUUUUGUUGUCUGGCGGAAUGAGGCCAGCGGUACAACAAUUUGCGAUGUCCAUUGCUGCAGUGGUCGAUUCGCGCGAUGGAAAAUCAAUAGAAUUGGUCCAGCACACCCCAAAACGAGACAAAGGGCCACAAGAUAAGCCGCCUCGAAUUGCAGUGGCCCCACGGCCACAUACAACGCAUAAUAUCUAUGGUGGCGAUAAUGGAAUUGGUGGUGGGCCACGCGGAAUGUACGAUGGAGCCUUCGGCCAGUCGCCAAACACACCACCAAGUGAGGCGACCUUUGAGCGCAUCCAAUUCAAAAAUGCGACAGCGAACAAUGGAAAAAGGAGAGCGGCUCAGCAAUAUUAUCAUCUAUUGGUGGAGCUUUUUGCAGAUUUAGGAAAUAACCAGAACCAAUCAGAACGCUGGGUGAAAGUUGCCGUUCGUAUGUCCGCACCAAUGGUUGUGCGCGGCCGCUCGCCUGGUCAUUAUCAGAGCGAACGGCGAGGCAGCAACGCAAGUUCUGGACCAGGAGGUACCGGAGGUGCUGGUGGAGGCGGCUCAUAUACACCGUCUGGCGGAGCAUCCCGCACUCCAGGCGAUUUAACCAUGUCUGGAACUUCGUCUAUGCUUCCUGGUUCCAACAGUUACGGCUCUUACGAUGGUCGGUCCCACCAUUAUCGCACUGGGCCACUUCAAAUUCCCAUGGAACCCACCCUUUCUGCUGAAGAAGCUAAAAACAUUGAGGAUGCUCCCUGCUAUAUGUACUACCCUAAUCCACUUUGGGAGGGCGCAGAGCCACGAAAUCAGUUGCCAAGUCUCCCAGAAUAUGUGCCGGGAAAGAUUAAGCAAGAAUAUACGACGAGUGGCUACUCUCUACCGAGCAUCAGUGGUGCGCAAGAUGCCUUGGGUAGACAUUGUGGGAGGUGGGAAGGAGUCCAAGAUUCGAAGGGAUAUUUUCCAACGAUAGCAUUGACGCAGGAGCUCAAUAUUAGCUAG